AGGGGAGCAAGGAAACUAAAAAGCAGAAAAGGCAUACAGAGAUGGAAAGAGAGAGAGAGAAACAGGGCUAGAACAACAAAGGAAGGAAAAUAUUGUCCUAGUGGGGAGGGGACUGCCUUGUCAUUGCAAAGGGAAGAUUGCAACUUCCUUCUUAACUAUUUAAUUCCUCUUCCUUUUUUUUUUUUUUUAACUCUUGGAUUUGCAGAAAGCUCUAUCUGGUUUCCUGGGUUCAGAAGCACCAGAGCUGGCCAGGGCAUUUUUGGCAUCUGAGUACUUGUCAGGUAGUCUCAAGGCUUCCAACUCCUCCGUUGGCCACGAGAGUGUCCCACAGUAGUGAGAGUCACUCCAAGCUCCACCAAACAGAAAGGCCAGCUCUGAAUGUGACAGGACUAUAAGGAAAGAAAACCCCAAGGGUCACUGACCAGUCUCUGGAUGGCAUCAGAGAUAACCUACGCCGAGGUGAAGUUCAAGGACACGCUGCUCCCUGUAGAGGCCAAAGCACCUCCAGAGAAGAGCACACCUCAGCGUGAACCCUGCAAACCCAAACUAUGGGUCCCAUGGUUGGUCUCAGCUCUUUUGCUGUUGCUGUGUGUUGCGCUCAUCAUCACUCUUAUUGGUAUGCUCCAUAAACAGAGCCCGAAAGCUUACAAACUGCCCGCGACUUUUCCAGAGUGGCGCUGUGCCCUGGGGACACCUGGGAGCAAAGAGGGGGUCUGGACAUGCUGCCCCAUGGGCUGGAAGCCCUUUCGAGCCAACUGCUACUAUUUGUCCAGUGAUAGCAUGUCCUGGGAUGAAAGUGAGAAGAACUGCACGGGGAUGGGCUCCCACCUGGUGGUGAUCAACACACAGGCUGAGCAGGACUUCCUGCUCAGUUGGACAAAAGACAUUUUUUCAAGCAGGCGAAGUUACUUCAUUGGUCUGUCUGCCCAGGAGGUGGAAGCCCAGUGGCGCUGGGUGGAUCAGACCCCCUAUAACGAGACUACGAAGUUCUGGAUACCUGGGGAGCCCAGUAGUCCCAAGAAGGAGAAGUGCACUUCAUUCCAGGUGCAUUCAGGAACACAAGCGAGGCAAAACUGGAAUGACGUUCCUUGUUCCAUUUCUUUGAAUCGAAUUUGUGAAGCUGCAGCAGCCUUUAUUUGAAGAGAGACCCCUCCCAUGCAGGAUGGGUGCCCAGAGACAGUCUGUCCUGUGCUGCAGGCAUCUCCCAGGGAUGGCUGGUAGUGGGGUUGAGAAGAGCCUUUACAGCUGGAAGAGACAUACUCAGGGAGGGCGGCAAGAAAGUUCCUGCAGGAAGUGCUCUGAGCUCCCCAAUAAAGUUCUUCUGGAAA